AUGUCGAUGUUGCAGCGGGGAUUGCGUGGCGCGCUGCGCAGCGUGCCAUCAGCGAGCACAGCGCGGGUCGGAGGCCUGAGUAUGCAGAGUUCGAUUUCCUACGUUCCUCGGAACCUGGGCCGGCCGGCACUGCACCUUCCUGUGCCACCGAGGGCGUCUGUGCGCCUCGCCUCGACGCUCGUCGCCAAGCCGGAGCACCCGGAGGACGAGACUGUGAUGGAGGGAGACACGCCUCUUGUUCACCUUACUGAGCGCGCUGUCCAGAAAAUUCGCUCGGUUGCGGAAGCAGACAGCGACCCGAACGUGGGACUGCGCAUCAUUGUCGAGCCGGGAGGAUGCCACGGAUAUAUGUACAAGCUCGAGAUCACAAGCGGAACCGAAGAGGACGACUUUGUCUUUGACGAUGGUGGCGCUCGGAUCAUCGUGGACAGCUUCUCGCUCGGCCUGGUCAAAGGCAGCACGAUCGACUAUGUUACCGAGUUGAUUGGGAGCCAGUUCGCCAUCAAGGACAAUCCGCAGGCGAAGGGCAGCGGCUGUGGCUGCGGCGUGAGCUGGGAGCCGGUCUUGUGA